CCCAUUUCUUUUUUUUAUUAUUUUAGUUUUUUUUAAACCCUUUGAAUUUUCUUUAUACUCUAUAUGCCCAACUUGAUAAAGUCAGCAAAAGUAUCGACUAUACGAAGAGGAGCCACCAAAAUCAAUAAAAGAGGCUCCAGUAGACACGUCAGCUCUGAUGUCGUGUACGACUUUGCUUUACGUUGUGCUAUAAGAGCUAAUCUCGAACAAGCAGAAAAAAAAAAGCCAGCAUCUGGAAUCUCGCCAACGUCUUCCUUGAACAGCAACAGCAACAACAACAACAAAAAGAAGGAAGACAGACACUCUUCUCUUCACCAUAGUUUCUCUAGUUUGACAGACAUAUUUUCGGACGGUAAACAAACCGACAAAUUAACUCGAGAAAUUGUGAAGGGCCUGAUGAAGCGCUUAGAGGAUGUUUAUAAAGAAAGGGAUACUUCAAAGCCUGAAUAUCUGGAUACCAGGUUUAGAACCGUAUGUAAAACGGUAAAGAAGAAUCUAAGUGAACAUCGCUAUAGGCCGACGGGAACCAUCAAUGACACGGUCAUCAUGUUUCUAAAAUCAAGUGAAGCCCAUUUAAAGAACGAUAAAGAGGAUCCUGCUUUAUGGUACGCGGAUUUACAAAAGUUCAUUGCCAGGUUUGCAGAAAUGGUAAUACAGACUAUCCAACAAGAUGCCCCUUCAGCUGCCACGCCGGAGUUAUUAGAAAAACUUUCCGGUUUUUGUACUCCCCACAAUAAUACCCAAAAAAGGUCAAUACAGGCUGAAAAAAGAUCUUCUUCGUCGUCCUCGAGUAGUACAAUCAUUGAUAGCCUCGAAGAUUUUCCAAUGGUACUCACAAUCAAAAAAUUGUUUCGUGUCGAUGACGAUGAGCAUCGUAAGAAACUCUUAGAGCUUGUUCCAAUCUGUACUGAAUCCGCUUUGUUAAAUGACUUUAAAAAGUGCAUCAAUCAAGUUCACACCAAUGGUAAAAAAGAGGAUUUUUCAACUUUACAAGCGUACGAAAACUGGCAAAAGACAGAACUGAAGCAGUUGACAGAACUAAUGAAAUCCAUGAUGCUGAUGAAUCCCAACCUAAGCAUUGCCACAUCAAGUGAAGUAGACGUUGGCAACACCAAUUUGCUAGCAAGACAGCAAAGCACCGAUUCCUAUCAUUCCAUAUCGAGCCAGAACAGCAAUAGUAGCAUCGAGCAAACGACAUCCUUUGCAUUUAUACCCUCCGACCCCAAAAAUUGUUUCCGUUUCCUGAUGAAUAUGUGCCUUGAUCAUGACACUGAAAACAUUGCAGCCGUACCCGAAUCAGAGAGAGCCAAAACAAGUGUCCUGACACAACAAUCCGAUGAACUCUUGAGAGAAUGUUGGAAAACAUGGCGAUUAUCUUCUCCCUUCAGGGCCAUCCUUUAUCUCACUCUGGUAAAGUCGAAGUUCGACAAACAUGAUCUUGAAAUUGACGAUCUGGAUGAAGCCAUGAGAUCCAUAGACAGAGUGUCAAAAGAGAAUGAUGUUUCAUCAUGGGCCAUUGUUGAUCGGGAUAAUUUAGUGCGCGCUUUGGAAGGAAUAAAUAAUUCUCUUUUACAUGAAUUAGCCGACGGGUUAUCCAAGUAUUGGAAAAUCAGUCCUGGUUGGGUUCAAGAUAUUAUUGAUUUAUUGGACAAAGUCUAUACCAACCCUGCUUACUUGGAAGCUCAUCCCGAUCCAAAAGCUGACUUUGCACUUGUCGAAGAAAUAAUCAAGGGUGCAGCGGUAGAGCGAUGGGGGAAAAUUGAAAAAAAAUCCAGGAAUCCCGAAGAGGACGAUUUGUUCAAUUUGAUUACCAUGGCUGAUAAUCUAAGCAAGGAACUCACUGUGGUGGCGAAACAAAAGUUUUUCGAGCCCAUCAUGGAUGUCCUGUUUAUUCCCAGCAUUGUCAUGGCCAGACAAAUGCCGUACUUUGCCUUGGAAAUGGAAAACUGGUCCUACUCUCCCGAAUCAAAAACUUGUCCUGUCGAUAUCGCUUUUGAACUAUAUUCUAAAGUAUUGAAUCUGGAAAAAUUGUACGAUGAAUAUGGACCUGAGAAUAAGAUAAGUUUAUUCAAAGUUGAAUCUUGGUUCUUGCCCCAUGUCAAACGUUGGCUUAUUAAAACUAGUGCGUCGACCAUGGAAUGGGUUGAUAAUGCUGUUACACAGGAUCAGUUCCAACGCAUUAGCGAUAUCAUCCUACAUUCUUCGUCUAUCAUUGACUUGUUUUCCAUGUUUAAUCAAGCCGUUGACUUUGUAUCUGAUUUGGAGUGGCCGAAUAAUAUUCAACAUUGCUUAUUUGAAACUUUCCUGUCUAAAAUUAUUGGCGAGGGAAUUCAACAUUACUGUUACACGCUAGAAGACUUGGUGAAGAAGGAUAUCUUAUACGAUCUUGCAAGUAGCGAAACUUCAGCUGAGACACCUUCAUCAUCCCUCAUGGAUAAAGCAAGAUUUCAGAUCAUGGGCGGUAGAGGCUUGAGUAAGGAAGAAGGUGUACCUGAAGAUUUAUCGCCAGAGCUUUGUGUAAAAUUAAAUGAUAUAGAAGCCGCCCGAAAAAAACUAGACCGACUCUAUCAAAUGAUGAAUGUGGACGAAAUCGCGCAAUUCAUGAGAGAAAACGUGACACCCCAAAACACGUACAAGUCAGUGCAGAACAAUUAUCUGUAUACCAUUAAAGUCGUGCGGGCAGAAAAUUUACAGCCUCUCGAUAAAAACGGCCUCAGUGAUCCCUAUGUCGUAUUUGAAAUCGAUGGCAAACCUAUCACCAAAACAAGAACUAUGUAUGAGACCUUGAACCCGCGAUGGGAUCAAGAAUUUGAUAUUUGGCUUAGCGACGAAAGAACCGUGGAUGUACUGGCCGUUGUAAACGACGAAGAUGUCAUCACGGCGGACGAAGAGUGUGGCGUCGUCUGGUUCAAACUCGCACCCGAAUAUUUCAAUGAUUUUCAAACCCAUGAGUUGGUGCUGGAUCUUUCUCCUCAGGGCACCCUUGUACUUCGCGUCAGUAUGGAAGGGGAAAAAAAUGAUAUUCAAUUUUGGUUCGGCAAAGCGUUCCGUACAUUGAAGCGUUCCGAAAAUGAUAUGGCUGGAAUAAUUGUUGGCAAGAUGGGCUGUUAUAUCCAUCAAUGCCUUUCUCGUGAAGUCAUAGACAAGCUUUUAGGUAGAGACGAGGUUGGAUUUUUUGCAGCGUUUAGUCGAGCAACGAGUAAACAAGUCGAGCCUGACUUGCAAGACUGUGAAAACGCUAUUGCGCCCCUAAUUGAAUUCCUCGAAAGUAAUCUCAGGAUUUUGAACGAUAACCUAUCAGAAACAAACAUGCAUACUGUAGUCCUGACCAUUUGGAGGGAAAUCUUGCGAACUUUAGAUAACGUUUUAUUGCCUCCUUUAUCCGAACAACUGGCAGAAAUCAAACCAUUAGAUAUGUAUGAACUCCAUGUCGUCUUUAAAUGGUUAGAGUUACUCAAAAUUUUAUUCAAUGGCGGAGAGGAUGGUGAUGCUAUACCCUUAGAAAAUCUAGAAGACGAAAUAUACCACUCAUUGCUUGCUACCAAUGCUGCCUACAACCUGGAAACAGACCAAUUGAUAGAAGAAUACAAGCUAUCCCAUCAUAAAUCUCGCAGUGUUAAACUGACCGGGAAGCAGGCCGAUCGUAGUAAAACAAUCUAUCAUUCUAAAAAUACCAUUCGUCACGGCAAACGUCAAAGCUUCAUCAAGAAGGACGAUCAUCGUCGAUCCAGUAUUAACACACCCACCAGUGAUUCUAUAUUGCGCAUGCUGCGUAUGCGACAAGGUCGACAUGUGGUGGAAUUUUUGAAACAAGAAUUUGAAAAACGUAAUAGUCCCCCCGAAGCCAUACCAUCGGCCCUCGAUCACCAACCAUUGCCGGAAAGCCCAACUUCGUUAACCGAUAAGAAGAAAAAAAAUCGUUUAUCAAAACACUCAAUACCAGAACAAGGAAUCACUUUGACAGAUUAGAAUAAAUAAAUCUCUUUUGAUGCAAUCAUUUUAAA